UUUUUUCUUUUGGAGUUACUCACAUUAUGUCCCAGUGCCCUAUUGUUACUAAACUGAUAUUGAAAUAAUCUAAUUUAUUCUCAAAAGCGUAUGACGUAACAACAAAAUUAUCAUUCAAAACAACAUCUGCCUUUCCAAAAGUUUCUGUACAGAAAAGAUAUCUUCAAAGCUUUCGUUUGAUUUUUCUGAAAAGCAAACACGAAACAAUAGUUUGGAAUCAGCCUAAGGUGUAUACUAAUAACGAAAUGUGUAAAAUCACCAUGAAUUGUAAGUUAACAAAGGUUAUCUAAAUAAGACAAUCAUUAGUUCUUAUUGAUAAAUAUAGGAUCUAUUGGAAGCGAUUUUUUUUUACUUGUUACUCAUUCGUUAAAUCGAUAUUUCCCCAAAAUUUGCAAGUUUUAUAACAAAUAAAAGGAAGUAUAAUUUACCAUAUUUUGAAAAAUUCUAAGCACAAAAGUAACUCGAUCACGAAGCAUCCGCUUUAUGUAAUGAGUCGCUUAUUUGUUUUCACUUCUUGUCAAAGCCGGAAAGAAUAAGGAAAAAUGAACCAUUUUUCAUGCGUGGGCAAUGGAUAAAAUAAUAUAGACCAUGCUUGAUCAUACAUAAGGGCGUUAUUAAUUAAAAAAUAAAGAACGGAUGUACAAGCGGCCUAAUUUUUUUAUAGGGAGGUCGCGACUGUAUACAUACAAUAUUAUUCGGAUAAUAUAUUUAAUCUGCGCAUAAGCUGAUUGCGAUUUCAAAGAUAAAAGGAUUUCCAAGCACAGUCGUAUUACAAUUUGAUUAAUUGUACGAUGUGAUUUGUCGCUGAGCAGGAAUCAGAUUUAUGCAACUAGUUAAUCAGAGCUUGAUAAAAUACUCUACAUUCGGUGACUGCAAUUUCAUAGUAUGCAUGUUCAUACAAAGGUUCCACGUCAGAGCGUCAAGAAAACUCGAGAUGAUAUCUUGCCUCACGAUGGAUCUACGAUAGCCAGGAGGAUAGUAUGCUUCAUGCAAGCUGUGUCUCAGUCUCAUAACGUCAGUAAGCACGCCAGGUCGAAAAUGACACCAAAAUUCGAAAGCAUGGUAGACGUGGGAUGUGGUGACGGUCAUAGUUCAGCCCUAUUCGCGCCCUACUUCAACAAAGUGACGGGAAUAGACAAAAGCAAAGCCCAGGUUCUUAAAGCUGAAGAAUACUCGAAAACAUUAGAUCCAAAGUCAUAUUCUUGCCUUCAAUUCCAAGUAGCUAGCGGAGAAAAUAUGCCUUUCAGAGACUCCAGUCAAGAUUUAGUUUGUUUUUCAAGAUCGUUUCACUGGAUGGAACUCAUGUCAGAUGCAAUGAGAGAGGCAAGGAGAGUCCUGAAACCAGACGGAUGUCUCGCUAUGUACUGUACUGGUUUUCCAAAAAUUAGUAAACAAUUAUCGCCCGAUGAACACGCCAGCAACGUUACAGUAGAGAAAAACAAAAAAGCCAACGAACUAUUAGAUAACUUUUUUCGACACGAUUGUGAAAUACAUCCACGGUCGGUCUUAGCUGUCGAUGAUAAAUAUCAAAGAAUUUAUGAAGCUAUUACAGUUGAUCACGAACCGCGCAAAGGCAGCAAAUUUAUCAUUAUAGACGACAAAAACCUAGCAAUUCGUAAAAAUUUUGUGACAAUUAGAGAAUUUGCUCAAAUGCUACAAUCUUACGCUGGGUAUAGAUGCGCAAAAAUUACUUUAUCUGAAAACAAUUCUCAAAAUGAUCCACUGAAUGAUUUUGUAAAUAACCUUAAAUCAACUUGGUCAGUAGACAAACUUCCCAAUGACGAAAUAUACCUCGAUAUAACUUGGGAUGUAUCGUUGAUUUUAUCGACAAGACCAGCCAAAUUAAAAUAGAAAAAAGGUGACAAUAAGUAUUUGUUAAUGUGACAAUAAAAAUUGCAGGAAAAUGCUAAUUAAAUUGUAUUUUGAUUACAGGGGAAUUUUAGUAGUAUUAGGAAAAUUGAACUUUUUGUUGACUUACAUGUCCAUCCGAAAAUCGGAGUUGUACGAUUAUUGCCUCGUUUCAUUUGCGCUGUAAUGAAUAUUUUAUACUUUUACUUUAAAUUAAAAUUGGAUUUUAUUAUUAUUUUUGUCUAUUUUCUGUUACAUUGACACUGUGAAAUAUAAUAUUCAAAGCAUAUUUGAGAAAUGAUGUAUUAAUAUAUGUCUGCUCAAUGUCCGC